GGGUCGUGCUCGAUAAGGCUGGCCAGGGGAAAAGUGGGGCUUGCUGGACAUCUAAGUUCUCAGAGCUGUCAAGGGCAGAACCUACCAGCCGGCCUUCCAUGUUCCCAGACCAGCUAGCCAAGGCUGCCUGAAUCUGCUCAAUACCAACCGGCUUCAUUGUCAAGCUCGUCCCUCCUCUCCUUUCCAACUGCCGAUCUCAUUUCUUUUCUUUUCUGUUACAUAUAUCGAAAUGGUCUACUAUUUCACGUCCAAUGUCGUCGAUCCGCCGGCGUUUGUCUACGUGGGCAAAGACAAGUUUGAGAACGAGGAUCUGAUUAAAUAUGGCUGGGAGGAGGAUUUCCACGUCGACAAGUUGUCCAGCGCCCACAUCUACCUGCGCCUGCGCGAAGGAGAGACAUGGGACAACAUCCCAGAGGCGCUGCUGACCGACCUGGCUCAACUGACCAAGGCCAACUCGAUUGAGGGCAACAAGAAAGACAACAUAACCGUCAUCUACACGCCCUGGUCCAACCUCAAAAAGGAUGGCAGCAUGGCCGUGGGGCAAGUGAGCUUCAAAGACCAGAGGAAGGUCAAGAGGAUACUCGUAGCCCAGCGCGAAAAUGCCAUUAUCAACCGGCUCAACAAGACCAAGGUUGAAAAGUACCCCGACCUGAAGCAGGAGAAGGACGACCGGCAGCGGGAGCUGCGCAAGCGGGACCAAGCCGCCCAGCUGGCCAGGAAAAAGGAGGAAGCCCGCAUCGCAAAGGAACGCCAGGAAAAGAAGUGGCAAAAGGAGCACGCCUACGAUGAUUUGUUCUCUGAGGAGAACAUGGCGGCAACAAGCAACCAGAACCGGGACGAAAACUGGGAGGAUGACUUUAUGUAGUCUCUCUUAAGCCCAUCAAAACUCAAAACGUAAAGCUUUGUAUUUGUAUAUAUGCCCUCAAAUUCCUGGCCCCUGCCCACCGAUACCGCUACCCAUUUGAUUCACGCUCGUGCCCUUGAUUUUGUGAUCCGACGGGUUCGCGGCCGCCUCGUACAUGAUAUUUGCCGGUGCGCGGCCGAGCUGCAUCCACUCGCCUUUGAACCCUACGUACGAGAUGCGCGUGACGUCCUCCUCGCCCUCGCCAAAGUUAUCCGGAAAGAAGAGCGUCAGCCGCCGGACGGCGUUGAAGCGCGCCCGUCGCUGCAAGCCACGGGCAACUCCUGCACCUCGCUCGUCCGGCUCAGCUCAAACACCU